AUGGAGGGAAGGAUGGAAAGCACAGUCCCUCCGGGAGGCAUCCCCAACCUUCGUAUGCAACGCCCCUCCGUGGACUUCAUCGACAACCAUAUGGCCGACCACCAUGAAGCGUUUAGAAACCCCAGAGCGCGAUAUGACCCAGCCGUCGGUCACUAUGUAUCCACAGUAUCAACUUCAACUGCAAUGGCAAAUGUGGAAGACAUCAGUCCCACUUCACAAGCGCUCCGGCGUCGCGAGUCCGCCCUCAGCCAUGAUGCUGAGGCUGAACAGUAUCCGACGCAGAGAUCCCUACCACCUGCGACGGCAGCAAUGAAGUUCUGGGCGCAGAUAUACACCGACUCAUUGGAAGGUCUCAUAUCACGGCACCAGGCACCCAAGAAACGUUCAGAGACCCCUUACGACAUCAGAACGGCGGAAAACUGGGAAGUGAUCUACUCGCGACUACAGCUGGCCCGCGAGGCGUACGAUGGCACAAAGAAGGACUUUCGAGGUCGCAUGAAAAAGGUCACUCGCAAGAUUGCCGACCAUGCUGCUCCUGUAGGGCGACUAGCGAAAUUCAUCCCGGAAGAGACCUAUACAAGUCCGAUUCGGGCGGCAGUAGAUGUUGUUGUUGAUGCAGUGAAAGUCGCAUCUGAGGUGCGAAAGAAACUCACCGGCAGUUUCGACAGCGACAGCCUGGACCGGACUUUCAGUGACAUUGAGCUGUUUCUUGCAACUUUCCCCGAGGAUGAGAAUAUCAAGAAGGCCUCCGUAAAUCUGGUAGUUGCGACAUUAAAGGCAAUCGAGGACACUAUUGGCUUCUUUAUUCAGAACUCAGACACUUCACUAGUCAAACGAGGCUUCUCAGCGGUCAUCAGUGGCGAGAACUACCAAGAGUCUAUCCUGAACAGCAUUGAGAAUGUGGACACCUGUAGUAAGGACUUGGUACAUCAUGGUCUCAACUCCCAUAUCGCGGCUACUCGAGAAGCAAUGACUGCAAUCUUGCAACGGACGAGCCGGAUCGAGCUAUUACAGAAGCAGACCAGUGAAGGGGUAGCAACCAUCUUGGACGACGUAGCUAUCAUAAAGGAUGGCGGUGCUCACCUUCUAAACCGAAUGCAAGGUCUACUAGAUGAUGGCGAAAGAAACCGCCAACUAUAUCUCGACAUCCUUGAGAAGCAACAAAGUAGUGCAAAUAGAGCAGCUCAAACAUCAAAGCGAAGAACAAAGUCGAUUGAUCCGCCAGUUGACGCCAAGUCCACAGCCGAACUUCCCAUCAUUGCCUUGGUCCUCGCCAUUGCCUCUGCUACUUCCUCAGUCGCGACCGAUAGCAUCGAUACAAGGCCUUCCUCAGCCACAGCCACCCCCGUUUUCGCUGAACAGCCGCAACCACACCCUUUCUGGCCGCCGCAGUAUAUGCAGCCAAAUAACCUCGCAAAUGCAAGCCCGUCUAUGAGCAGCGAUGAUCUUCGGAUGCUGCUCAACAUUGCAGAUAUAGAUGAGUCUGAUAUCGAUGACAUCUUGGAAAGCAGAGAUCUUGUCCCAGUCAGAUAUCGAUACCGAGCUGAACAAGUAGCCGGAACAUCUCAGUUCCGAGACUGGAUUGUUUCCCCAAAAUCUCGAGAGUUAUUGGUUCACGGAGAGCACAGGCUCGACUCUGGAUACGCUCUGGCCCUGUCACUGGUUUGCGCCACCCUGACACGCGCCCUCAGGAGACGAGCAAGGCACAUUGGGCUUGUCUUCUUCUGCGACCGACAUGCAGAAGAUGAUGAUGGCUUUGCUGGCGCGAAUUCCUUGAUCCGGAGUCUGAUUGCGCAGCUGUUGCGAUAUCAGUCGUUCGACAUGACGUUUCUGCGGGAUGACGUUAACCUGGACCGCAUCCGUGAUAAUGAUCUCAACGAGGUCUGUGCAUUAUUCGGGUGGCUAGUAAGAAGAUUAGCUCGGGAUGUGACGCUCAUAUGCCUGAUCGAUGGCAUAGAGCAAUACGAGAACGACGAGUACGAGGAAGACUUGUUGAUUGUACUCAGAUAUAUCUUGGAUCUUGCGAGGGAUCAACACCUAUUGCCAUCUCUGAAGGUCCUUGUCACAAGCUCUUCGUCGACAGAAGCGGUGCAGGAUGCCUUUACGGAUGAUGACUGUUGCUUUCUCUCCAUGGAGGAGCUGCCUCGGAUCAACCAGGAGUCGAGUAUGCUGCGCUGGAGAACGACUGAUCUCGAAGACGGUGCUCGGAUAACUGCGUCAAUAAUGGCUAGACAUCGCCACGCUGAGCUUGAUACUCAAUCCGGUGAUAGCAUGUCACUCCUGGGAGGCCAUGCUCGAAAUUUGAGCAAGCAACCCUCGGCCCCUGUAAUCGAACGGAAACAUCGUAGGCGUGUCCGACCUGGUGAAUACAUUAUUGAAGAUGAUAUUUACGGAGAGGAUGUCUUCCACCCAGCCAGGUUGGGGGUUAUAGAUCCCCGCUACGAAAAGUCUCGACUCCUCGAACUCAGUAGCAAUUUGUUGGAAAAUGCUCACGGGGAAGUCUUGGACAUCGCAGAUUUUCAAAUGUGGCGCUGCGACAGGAGUAAACGCCUCCUAUGGGUUCGGGGCGAGCCUGGCCCCAGCAAGACCACGACAAUGUGUCGCGUCGUCGACGAGCUGCAAAAUGCGCCCGAAAGUCGCAGUUUCAAGUCCUUUUACUUCUGUCAAGGGACUGACUGUGACACCAGAAGCGGCGAAGCGGUGUUGCGCGGCUUGAUCUACCUUCUCUACCAGCAACAACCGUCUCUCCUGGACAACAUACGCAAGCGACGCAGACGAAUGCCACGAGAGAUAAACGCAAGCGGCGAUGCAUGGCUUCCACUUGCGAGUGCAUUCUUCGACAUUUUAAACAGUCCCACGCUGAAAGCUCAAGGCGUUUUCUUUUCCAUCGAUGCACUUGAUGAGUGUGUCAUUGGUUCGCACAAUCUGCUGGACUUGAUAGACCGCACUGCUUCAAAAUGCCCUCACGUCAAAUGGGUGGUCUCCAGUGGGCAGUCAGCCGAGAUUGAGGGUCGUGUCAACAAACUAGGCGAAAAAGCAACCGUUGUUCUAGUUUCGGACUCUCGCCCAAGCUCUCUAUACUCAGAAUUCUUGCGGCGUAUCGAAGAGUCGGACCGGAGGGACGUGUGCAAACGCCUCUUGGCCACUAUGGCCAUCGCUCACAGGCCUAUCAACACGCAGGAACUCUGGUGCCUACUGGGGACUUCCGUUACCUCAGGUGGUCAUAGUUUUCUGGACAGUAUUUUGCAACUCUGCGCAGCAUUUUUGGUUAUUGACCGAGAUACACUCUAUCUCACCCACUCGGCGGCCAAGACGUUUCUCCUCCUCAAAUUGAAGACAUCGGAUAGCGACCUUCUGGAAGCUACAAAAAAGACAGCCUUGCUACGGUCCUUAGACACCAUGAUGAAAUCAUUACGGCGUGAUAUGUAUAGCUUACAGCAUCCGGGCACCAUUAUUGACCAGGUGCUCCAACCCAAAUCGGAUCCCUUGGCAGAGAUGCGCUACGCAAUCAUCUUCUGGGUUCAUCACUUACUGGAGUGGUCCCAUGGUCCUACGCCGAGCUUUUCAGAUGACGGGAUGGUAUUGUCAGAAGGAGGGCUCCUCGAGAAGUUCUUGAAGGAGAAAUACCUCAACUGGCUUGAGGCUCUAAGCCUUCUCAGGCGUGUACCGGAUGGGGUGAGAGCAAUGGCGAAGUUGAAGGACUUUGUGGAACAACCUGGUUCAUCCUCAUUUCUGAAGGCACUAGUUUGUGAUGCCUGUCAUUUUUUGACUUCCAAUGCAAUGGUAAUCGAGAAAGCACCGCUUCAAGUAUACGCAUCAGCUCUAGUCUUUUGGCCAGACUCAAGUUUGAUCAAGCAACUCUACAAAACGGAGUUGCAAGUCAAGGUCACCAUCAACGCCGGAAACAUUGUCACGGAAAACAAACCUGCUGCAGGACAAAGAAGUCACGUUGGUUCAGUCUGGAGUGUAGCGUUCUCACCCAUAGACAGCCAUAUUGUGGCCUCAGCUUCCGAUGACAAGACUGUCAAGAUCUGGGAUACUGCAACUCGGCAGUGCCUACAGACACUGAAAGGCCAUACUGAUUUGAUCUGGUCCAUCAACUUCUCGGCCGACGGCAACAGAAUUGCAUCAGCUUCUGAUGAUGAGUCAGUUCGAAUUUGGAAAGUUGCUACUGGCAAGUGCAUCAAAACGCUCGAUGGCCGGGGUGCUGGUGCAUACUCAAAGGCUUUCAAUCUCACAGGCCAUUCGAGAAAUGUUUGGACGGUUAUCUUCUCCCACAACGGUGAGCAGAUCGCCACUUGUGCAAGUGACAACACGGCCAAGAUCUGGGAUGCAGCGACCGGGAAAUGUGUGCAAACAUUCAAGGGUCAUAAGUUCUCCGUCUUUUCCAUCGCAAUGCAUGAAAACAGGCAACUUGCCACGGGAUCGCCUGACGAGUGCCUCAGAAUCUGGGACAUCAAAACCGGCGAGUGUCUGCACAACAUCAAGAAUGAGUCGACGAUUUAUACCGUCGCAUACUCACAUUCUGGCCGAUACGUCGCUGCGGCAGGGGAAGAUGUGAGGGUCUAUGACACUGCCAAAGGCACCACAGUUCGUACUUUUGCCAAGGGCGGCACAUCGACGAAUGCGACUGCAUUCUCUCACGACGACAGGCUGAUAGCCACGGUCACCGACAGUUCGACUGUCAGCAUCUGGAACUUUGCCACGGGUCAGUACAUUCAAAAGUGCAAGGGUCACAUCACCAGCGUCUAUUCCGUAGCCUUCCCUCGUCGGCACAAUGAGCUCGUCGCCUCGGGCUCUGACAAAGGUGAGGCCAGGAUAUGGAACAUUGUCACAGGAACCUGUCUCCACGUACUGGACCAAAGAGGCGGACCUAUCUGGGCCAUGUCAUUCAUGCGAGGGCCCGGGUGUUCAGAUCAGCAGAUUAUGACAUCCUCCGACACUGGAAUGGUUAAAAUCUGGAAGAUCGCAACAGGCGCAUGCAUCUACACAUUGAAAGCUCACCGCCAAAUGGACAGCCUCAACUUUGCGUCAUUUUCCCAUAAUGGCCAGCAGCUUGCCACGUCAGCUGAUGAUGGAGAGGUCGCGGUAUGGGAUGUCGUCUAUGGCGGUUCUGUCUGGUCUGUGUCCUUCUCGCGCGACGACCGUUGGCUGGCUACCUGCUCGAGAGACGGGCCCGUGAGGAUCUGGGACCAAGCCAAGGGUGACCCCUGGUACGUCUUUGAUCCCCAUACCGACGCCGUCUACUCGACGUGCUUCUCAAACAGCUGCUCCAUGCUUGCUGCGGCCUCUGAGGAUCGUACGAUCUCGAUAUCUGCUGUUGACGGAGGAUGUUUGCAUCGGUACAGAGGCCACGAUGGGUCGGUGUGGGCAGUGGCUUUCUCGCCCGAUGAUGGCCGUAUUAUUUCUGCGUCCAGCGAUCGCACUCUGAGACUUUGGGACGUUGAAGAAGAGGCUUGCCUACAGGUGGUUGAAGUGGGCACUUCCUUGUCUGCUCUCUCCUUCGACGACAUCGGUUAUCAUGCAAUCACUGAGAUCGGACGUUUCAAAUUAGACUGGAGACCGAGCGAUUCACCGACAGCGCCAGACGCCAUGGUCGAUUCCUGUAAUGAGGUUAUCGAGUCCCGCAUUACAGAGGAACCAACUACCAAUCAAGCUGUUACAAAGCUUCCCGAAUACGGCUUGAGCAUAGAUAGAAAUUGGAUUACAAGGGAUGGUGAGAAUAUCAUUUUGCUGCCACCAUACUGCAGGCCUCUUUGUUCAGCUAUUUCACGCCAGACGAUUUGUAUCGGUUGUCGAAGCGGGCAGGUCUUGUUUAUUGACUUUACUUCUGAUACUCGAGCCUGA